GAGCCGGCCCGGCGGGAGGAGGAGCGGGGAGGACAAGCGCCUGCCUACGGCAGGACCCCGAACUACAAACCGGGGCCUGCCGGGAGGAAGCGGAGGGACGCCGCGCAGGAAGCAGAGUGUGGCCGGGUCCGCCCCUGAGUCACCGGAGCGGCCUGCGCGGGCGGGCAGGGCCGGUGCCGCCUCUCCGUGCCCCGCCGCGCCAGCCCAGCCCGGCUGCGGGAAGCGCUGCGGAACGUGAGCGGAGCCGCGCCUGAGGGGGCGGCCGGGCCGGGCGGGGCGCGGGGGCCCGGCGGGCGGCGGUUCGCUUCCGCUGGCUGGCUGCAUGCAGCCGCAGAUUGAUAGAUCACAAACAGCUGUCCUGUGAAAACAAGGGGGGGAAAAACAAUCCAACUUGGCAACAAUGAGGUGUUUUCACUUCUGUAAGCUUCCAGGAAGAGUUAUGGGAAUCCGCCUACUACGCUUCACUUCUGUGGUGAUCAUUGUCUUACUUCUUGUGGCAGGUGCUUUAACAGCUUUGCUUCCCAAUAUCAAAGAUGACAAAAUGCCCAAUUUGAAAAGGGAACCGAAAACCCAGAGUCAGUCUGUCUUGGAUUCAUUUACUCUUAUUAUGCAGACAUAUAAUAGAACUGACUUACUGCUAAAGCUUUUAAAUCAUUAUCAAGCCAUCCCCCACCUACAUAAAGUAAUUGUUGUGUGGAACAACGUUGGUGAGAAGAUACCAGAGGAAAUGUGGAAUUCUUUGGGGCCCCAUCCUGUCCCUGUCAUCUUUAAAGUUCAAACUGUAAAUCGCAUGAGGAACAGACUCCAGAAUUUCCCUGAACUGGAAACAAAAGCUGUUUUAAUGAUGGAUGAUGACACACUAGUCAGUGCUCAUGACCUUGCUUUUGCCUUUUCUGUUUGGCAGCAAUUUCCAGAACAUAUAGUGGGAUUUGUUCCUAGAAAGCACAUUUCUACUCCUUCAGGUGUAUACAGUUAUGGCAGCUUUGAAUUGCAGAACCCUGGAUUUGGAAAUGGAGAUCAGUAUUCUAUGGUUCUUAUCGGUGCAGCAUUUUUUCAUAGUGGGUAUUUAGAAGACUUUCAAAGGCAACCAGAAGCUGUUUAUGCCUUAAUAGAUGGGACACAAAAUUGUGAUGAUAUUGCCAUGAAUUUUCUGGUAGCCAAGCAUACUGGAAAGCCUUCAGGAGUGUUUGUGAAGCCCGUUGAUAUAAGAAAUUUAGAAAAAGACACUAACAGUGGCUAUUCUGGAAUGUGGCACCGAGCAGAGCAUUUGUUACAGAGAUCUUACUGUGUAAAUAAACUGGUUAAUAUUUAUGAUGGCAUGCCUUUAAAAUAUUCUAAUAUCAUGAUUUCUCAGUUUGGUUUUCCUAAUUAUGCCAAUCACAAAAAUAAAAUGUAAGCCAGUGAAUUUAAGGGCUUGGAUGUUAAACAAUACUCAGUGAACUGUACUGAGUUCAAGGAGAGAAGAAGGUGUAAUUACUACAUCUUGGCCAUCCUUAUUUGUAGCCUCUGAUUUUUUUCCAUAUGUCUUUUUAUGUAUUCUUUUUCCUUUCUUACUAAUUCUCCAAGGUAAGUUUUGAGAAAACUUGAAGAAUAUACACUAAUGUUUAGCUGUGAUAAAAUCAUCUUCUUUCAUUAAAACCUGAAAAGCUAUUACAAUUAAUUAGACCAGUUCUUCAGAAUCACACAGACAAAAUUCACUCUUACCCUUCAGUGCUUAUGUUUUGAUUAUUUUUUUUUAAAUAUAUGUAUCUAGUCAAAUGAGGUCUACGCAUAUAUUUGACAGUUACAGGUAGAGAUGCUUCCUUGCCUUCCCCCUCCUGUCCUCACCUCUCCCUACACAGUUCCCAGUGAAACUGUAGAAGGGUUACAGUAAACUAUUGGCCAGGCUUCUAGACUCCUGUACAAAAUCCCUUUGAAGUUUGUAUAUAAGCUAUUCUAUUCUGAGAUGUUCCUGAAGCUGCUAUGAAAGCAAGCCAGAAAACAGUACCUCACCUUAAUCUCAGAUAGUCCUAAAACCAUUGCCUACAGUAUCAACUGUCACUGCUGAGGUAGUGGAAAGUGAUCUCUGAUGUGGCUUUUUGCUGUAUUAUUAAUUUGCCUGGAGUCGCUGAAACACUGAAAGCAGCUAAAAGGUAGAACCUAGAAGUUGGAAAUGUAAGAAACAUGAAUACAUGAAAUAUGAAACUUAAAAAAGCAGCCAGGAGAAAUGGAUGGGAUAUUACUUAAUAAUACUCUCUUAGUACUUAGUUUUAUUUUGAUAUUUUGCAUGUACAUUGUUACAAAAAUGUGCCCAAGAAAAUCCUCACUUUUUAAAAAGGUCUUAUUUACAAUUCCUAGUAAGAGCGAGCUGUUCUACAUUUAUUACAGGGUGUACAUUUUGUAAUAUUACAGAUCUACUGUUUUUUUAACUACUCUUUCAAAUGAAUAUUCACUUUUUGGUUCAUCUCUGGUUUUGGUGACUAUGACAACAGAAUUAAAAUGUGCAAUAAAUGGGUAAAACAUUACUAAAAAAAGUAUUUUAAGGUACAGUGUUAUUUGACAAGGCUGGACUGUUAUCAGUCUCUGAAUUCCCUGGCUUCAUCUCUAGGAAAAAGCAGAGCUAUUAUUAACAGCUUUUGUUGGAUUGGGACUCUCUAGUUCUGGAAACGUCAUGUUAACAUAGACAGGACAAACCUUUUACGUUGCAGUUACACAACUUUUUUGUGGUAUGGAGGGAAGAACAAUACAGGAAUCAAAUCUGGCAUCCAGAGUAGAUUUAUUUUCAUCUGCAUCAGCUCUUAAUUGAUUCUUAUUAUCAGUUUAAAGGUAUCUAUGGGCAAUCAAUAACAGCUAAUAUCUAGUACACAAAUAGCAUCUGCACAAAUGGUGUGUAAUUUUAACAUUUUUUGUAGUAAGUUGGCUGGAGAAAAAAUGGUUGAAAACUGUGACAAGUUCUUUUAGAGCUGGGCCGAUUCUGGAUGUGAGUCUUUGGAGGAAUGGAGGAUUCUGUUGCCUUGUUCUGUCAGUGUUAAAGGAUUUGGUUUCUGUUCAGUGAAGUCUUCCUAGUACUUUUGCAAGGGUGAAAUCUUAAAAUGGCAAUGUAAAGUCUGCUAAAUUUUGAUAGUGAGAAGUAGCUCCUAAUUACUGUGCAGUAGUGAUAUGUAUUAUACAACUUGCCUAGGGGUGGUUUACUGCAUUUCAUUUAUUUUAUGGUAUUCUGUAAUUUCUGUUCUGUGCAGUAUCAACUAGAAUUGAUAAGACUCACAGAUGUUGUUUACCUUACUUUUAAAAUGUGAAAUGAACUGUAAAUUCAGCCAAAUCUUAGUAAUGGGUUCCUUGUUGGGGGGGAAGGAGUUGUUUGGGUUGGUGUUUUUUUUUGUUCUUCUGUAUCAGUGAAAGAAUUAAUAGAACAUGCUUUUAUUAUACUGGUAAACUUAAUUUUACCAUUGUAAAAUAAAAUACAUAAACCA